AUGAAGGAAGGAGAAGAGGAAGAUACACGAUCUAUAAGCUCACAAAUAUCGAAUUUAUCGACAAAUUCUACUACGACAUUAAAUUCAACUACAUCAAAAGCAUCAUCAUCAUCAUCAUCUCGUCCUAAAAGAUAUUUAUGUACAUAUGAAAAUUGUGACAAAGCAUAUAAUAGACCAUCUUUAUUAGAUCAACAUUUAAGAUCACAUACAGGAGAAAGACCAUAUCCAUGUUCAUAUCCAGAAUGUACCAAGUCAUUUUUAAGAAAAUCUCAUUUAGAUGCACAUUUAAUUUCUCAUUCAAGAGAUAAACCAUUCCAUUGUUCAAUAUGUGGUAAGGGAGUAAAUACAUCACAACAUCUAAAAAGACAUGAAAUAACUCAUACAAAAUCUUUCAAAUGUACUCAUGAAGGAUGUGAAGAAUCUUUUUAUAAACAUCAAUCUUUAAGACAUCAUAUCCAAUCAGUUCAUGAACAAAGUUUAACUUGUUCAAUAUGUAAUAAAGUAUUUGCAAGACCUUCAAAAUUAUCAGCCCACAAAUUAAAAUUCCACGGAGAAAGUCCAGCAUAUCAAUGCGAUUCAACUGGAUGUUUUAAAAAUUUUAAAACUUGGUCAGCCUUACAAUUCCAUUUAAAACAAGAACAUCCUAAAUUAAAAUGUUUAGUAUGUGGAAAGGGAUGCGUUGGUAAAAAGGGGUUGAAAUCACAUAUGUUAACUCAUGAUGAUGCGAUUAAGAUUUGGAAAUGUAAUUAUUGUGAUUUAGGGAAAUUUAAUGAAAAAGAAAAAUUAAUUGAUCAUUAUAAUGAAUUUCAUGAUGGGAAUAUACCUUUGGAUUUGUUGAAUAAUAAAAUCACUGAUGAAACUAUUAGUGACGAAUUGAUGGUUGAAGCUAGUAAUAUUACUGAAUCUACUUCAACUGAAAAACCAUCAACGAAAACUACUACAACUACAAUUAAAAGCUUAAGUACAAUUUUAUCAACAGAAGAAGAAUCAUCAGAUAAUUUCUUCAACAAUGACGUAAGAUCAGAUACAGCCCAAGCUUUAAAAUCAACAAACUCAAUGAAUUCAACAUUAUCUACAUCAAUAAAUGAAUCAUCAAAUAUUUCAACAACAAGUUCAAGACCUAAAACCAUACCAAUAGAUUCAAAUAAUAUAAUCAAUAUAAUUUCAAAAAAAUUAACAAAACAAAUUAAAUGUCCAAAAUUGAAAUGUGAUAGAAUUUUCGAACGACAACAUGAUUUGAGACGUCAUUUAAAAUGGCAUGAUGAGAAUUUGAAAAGGAUUGAAAAUUUCUUAAGUGGGUUGGAACAAGAAGAACAAAAUAAUGAUGAAAAGCAAGAUUUGAAGAAAAGGAAAUUAAAUGAAGUGCUUGAUACUGAUGAUGAUUUUAAUGAAGAUAAAAGGAUUAAAAUAAAUGAUGCUAAUGAUGCUAAUGAGAUUAAUGAUUACGAACCUACUAAUUAUGAUAAUGAUUUUAAUGAUUAUGAUGACGAUGAUGCAGAUUUUGAUGCAAUUUUAGAUAGAGAAAUGAGUACAGAAGUAAACUAUUGA